UAAAAAAUAUUCCAGUUAUCGAGUAAGAUUAAAAAAAAAUUCAUCGUUGAUUGUUAAUGCGGUAAUUAAAAGAUUUGCAACCCUCUUUAGUAGCAGCUCUCUCACAUUUCGGCAUUCUUAAUAUAAUUGACAAAGUAUUGGUCUAAUUGUAAUUACCAGGAUAUACUUGUUUAAUUGUCAGUUGUGUGGCAUCGAUAUGGAAACGAGAGCUUCGAUUUAAUCCAGCCCUGAAGAUGAAUUAAGAGCCGAGGAAUCGUAUUUUCUUCUUGGCUCGUGCUAGCACGUUCUGUCUGGUGGGGGAUACCUCGAAGCAGGUGUGGCUGACUCACCAGGCCCAAUAUAGACGAACGUUUGUUUAGUGCUCUCCCGACGCACCACCAAGAACGACGGAUCUUUCCCUCCUCUCUUUCUUCUUUUUCAUCUCGUUCUCGUUAUCGAGGAGAAAUUCUCGUUCCUUCACAAAUUACGUUCUCACCACAACCUCCCUUUUUCGUAUUUCUCUUUCUACGAACGAGUUCGAACGAUCGGCAAUUCUUCCGGGUUGAAAGGAGCGAGUGGUUUUCGUGGCAUAGCAUUUUAAUCUGGAGAGUGACACAUUUCAUGUGAAGGCGGUACUUGAUUCUAUUAUGAACGAAGCCUCGACAGGCUCUGGUAUUUGGAAAUGUGCGAGGAAUACCCGAACAUCGUCACCACGGACACCCUAAAGCGGUGCUGGGUUUUGCUACGUAACAGCACGACUGAUAAAGACUUAGACAACGUUUAUCGCUUGUUGGAUGCGGAUCUAAGGCCAUUGACGCCCGAUCAGACCUGCGAGAAGUCGAAAGAAAUUUUUGAAGAACAUAAACAGCUAGCGCAAGAAUAUUUGAAGGUCCAAACAGAAAUUGCGUUGUUAAGUCAACACAAAAACGAGAUGGUUAAAAAUUUGACCCUUGACAGCUUGCGACAGCAGGAGGAACUCAGGAAACUGGAAGACGAGAAAGAAUCUUUAAUAAAGCUGUACCGUAAUUUAAAGCGGCAAUUAGAGAUUAUGAAAAGUCAAAGGGUAAAUAGUGCCGCAUUGAGCAACGCUCAAAUGGGCCCCACGGUCUCCGGGAAUAAUGGAUGGUUCGUGGUACCUUGUCAAAAUCCUUCGAGGCAGUCCUGAAUUGUCGAGAACUAGAGAGCGGCGAAAUUAUAGUGCUUCAACGGACACGUGGAUUGGUCGGUAGAUUUCUUCAGUGUCAUUAUGUUACAAGAUAUCAAAUUCGCCUUAUAAUGUUUUAAAUGGCAUAGUACAUCUAUUUCUUGGUAAAUAUAUAAAGCGUGAAUGAACAAAUUUAACGAUCUAAAUAAAGAUAUUACUCCUGCUACUAAUUUUCGGAUUUUUUGAAUAACUAUCAUUGAGAGUAAAAAUCUGUUUCGUAAUCUCUUAAAUCUGAUAAGAUAUCAAACUGGGCAAAAUAAUGAGACUGAAAAAGAAGUUUACUCAUCGAUGCAUAUGUGCCUCGAAAUAGUGGAACUCUGUCCUGAGAAGUAUUUUUAUACAAUAGUAAAUAAGGGAGGUACGUAGGUGACAGAUUAAAUUUUUAAUUCAACCGAACGCCAAUUGGCAAUUAAUGUUCAUUUUUUAAUACAAAUUUGACUAAUCAAUUCUUUUAAUUGAGGAACUAAAAUUUAAUUAUUAAUU